AAUUAUAAUUGGAUUAUUAUGUUCAAUUUAGGUUUUAGUAAAAAGAGAAACUUCAAUUGGAGCAAUCCCAGAGGUGAGCGAAUCAUCGCCGGGAUUCACAGCCGCCGGAGAAUCACCGGGAGAAGAAUCCGGCAACGAUCAACAAUCUCUAAAUAUAUAGAAUUCUAUAAACUCCGAACACAGUAGCUUAAGACCGAAAACACAGAGGAGCAAAGCCGAUGAAACCUAGUGAGAAACUACAGCAGUAGAAAGUGGAAGGAGAUUUCAGCUUGAUUUAAGAGAGUUUGAUCACUGAACCAUACAAAAAGAUAGAAUGACAGAGCGGAUUCAAAAACGAUGCGAGAUUUGUGGCAAUAUAUCCUUUAAUGAUGGCGGUGAUGGAUUCUUCUAUUGCACUCUUUGCGGCUCUCAAGCGAAUGACAUCAUUGACACUGGUGUUGAUGAAGAUGACCUAUUCAAUCUGGACGGGGGAAUAUAUGCUGCCGGUCAGCGCCGUGCUCCCACCCAGAGUUUUCAAGCUGAGCCGGUAUCUCAGGUUAAGCUUUCACAGUCCCAGCAUCUAGAAACUUUGAACACUUUAGAUGACAACCAAGAGGAUAAUGAAGGUGAUGGAGUUGAGCCUGCUGGACCUACUGAUUUUGGGCCGUCUCAAUGUUCCUUAGCAUAUACUGAUUAUUAUUCAGGAGUUCGAUUAAGGUAUGUUAUGGGGGUACAAGUUAUGAUCCAAUUGCAGUGUAAGGCACUAGUGGAGAAAUUUAAUGUAAGCCCUCUAAUUGUUGGGGUUGUUGGGCCUGUAUGGCUGAGAUAUUUAGCACAUGAAAAGGUUAUGGCGGAUGAGUGGGCAGACAAUGUCAUUCAUGAAUCAGAGUCUCAAACUCAAGGGGAGAUAGAUAGUGCUAUGCUUAGUGGCAGCAAGAAAACAGAACCACACAACUUACUUGGUAAACGGGCAGUUACCAUAUGGCAUAAAUCUCUACACAGCAUUAUUCCAUUAUCUUGUUCGCUAGCUAUCUCUUUUCUUGCUUGUCACAUGGCAAGGGAGGCAAUCCUGCCAACAGACAUAUUGAAGUGGGCGGCAGAAGGGAAGAUCCCAUAUUUUGCUGCUUUUCUUGAAGUUGAGAAGCAGCUGGGACCUCCUUCAAGGGCAUGCCCUAUAAGUACCAGCCGUAUGUUCAGGCCUAUCCAAUCUAUCACCUUGCAAAAAUUAGAGUUCUUUGCCACUGCCAUUGCUCGGAGAAUAGGCUUGGAAUUACCUCCAGUAAACUUCCAUGCUAUAGCUUCCCGUUAUCUCGAGCAGUUAUCGCUUCCUGUUGAAAAAAUUCUUCCUCGGGCAUGCCAAGUGUAUGAGUGGUCUAUGCCUCCAGAGUUGUAUUUGUCAGAUAAUGAGUUGAGGCUGCCUUCUCGUGUUUGUGUGAUGUCUAUUCUGAUUGUUACAAUAAGGAUUCUUUAUGACCUUAAUGGUGGAAAAUGGGAGAUGAUUUUAUCUUCUUCUAGUGGUUUAGCACCGGAUGGUGAGGAUGGAAUUGGAGAACCGAGUUUCAGUUGCAAUGGAAAAGGCAAUUCUGCUGAGGAAGACUUGGCUUCACAAGAUUCAGAUCCUAACUAUAGUAUGCCAGAUGUAAAUGAAUCUGAUUUUGAUGCUUUGGAGCUCUUGAAGAUUCUUGAAGCAAAAUAUGAUGAGCUCAGUGAUACAUAUGCAGAUUUUUCGAAAGAUUUACAAUCAUAUCUUCAGUAUUGCAAAGAUGUGGUUUUUGCUGGACUUGAACCUUCUUAUGAAGAUCAUGAAGAAGAAAGGAUAAUUGAAGAUUUGUGGGACUUCUAUCAAAGCCAUAAGGCUGAAGAAGCAUCAGAUGAUGAGAAAGUAGAACCACACACAUGUAAUGGUUUUCAACACAAGGGAUCAAGGGGUGUAUGCAAAAGCACUCCAAGAUCAAGCAAGAAAUUUAGUGUCAAUAGAUGCAAAUGCGACAUAUCACUGGAUGAUGACAAUUUUAAUGCAGCUAACUGCUCAGAAUGUGGCUUGGAGCGAAAGGCUUAUUCCCCAAAUAAAGGACAUGGAGAUCGACCUUCUGCAGAGUCGCGUAAGGAGACAGCAUUGAGGCAACUGAAAGAAAACAUGCAAGAAAACAGAUUCUGUUAUGUCCCACCUAGAAAAUAUGUGAAGAAGAAGAAUGGCUACAUCAGGUAUGCAAGAAAGAAAGAUGGUGCCUAUAUUUAUGCUACACAUGCUGAUUAUUACAUAUUACUUCGAUCUUGUGCCAAAGUUGCACAAGUUGAUGCUAGGACAAUGCAUGUUGGAGUAUUGUCUUUUGAGAGAAGAUUAGAAAUGCUAGAAAAAAGAAUAGAUUAUUGUUUACAGAAAAGAAUUCCUAAUGACUUCUGUGACUUUUGUCAAGAGGACUCCAAAGAAAAUCCUCAUUGAUGAGAAAAAUGGCUUUCUGAAAAUUGAAUUUUGGGUCAUAUAUUUGGCCACUGGUUUGGGAAGAGGAGCAGAUCAUAUUUGAAAAGAAAAGCAUGAAUUGAGUAACUUGCAACACUAUUACUUCUGGCAUUGCUCUAACAAGUGUUUCUAAAUUUGAUAUAUGACUUAAUCAACUUUGAUUUUAUUUACAAACAUCUUUUGGGAAGGGAAGCAAUGAAGCCACAUAUUGAGAGCUGCUUUUCUCUCAGUUCAUAGCUGCAAUUGUAAUUUAAGUGUUCAAAAUGGUGAUUUCCUCGAGUACAUUGGAAACUAGAGUAUUUGCACCCAAGGAUGUAGCCUAGCGAUUAAUGAAGUUGGAAUGUAUCACGGGGGACCAAGUUCAAAUCUGAACAGAGGCAAGAGAUAUUAGAUCACUUCUUCUUCUCAGUCUAAGCUUUGGCAGACAGUUUCUCGGUAUCUAUGUUGGUAGAAGGUAGCUACUACCUGGUGGAUUAAGUGAGGUGCGCGUAAGUUAGUCUGAACACCACAAGUGUAAAAUAAGGGUUAUCGUCCAUUCUAGCCAGAACAGUCUACUCAAAAUUUGUCGUUACGGGAUUUUGAUUUUUUGGGUUCUACUUUUUUGCUAUAAGAAGCAGUUGUUUUACC